UCACGUAUAAUGCCAUCUUCCUAUUAUUGCAUUUUUUAAUACCAUUUUAAAUUGAUUAUAUAACACCUGAACUUGAAUACUUAACAACGUUCUUAUACUUUUUGUAAAUUUGGUAUUGCUAAUGUAUUCAUUUUCUAACAUCAAAAAUGUCUAUAAGAUUUAGAAUUAUUCAGCUGAAACGCAAUAAAUUUGCUAAAAUAAGUAUUGGAACUUUUGUUAUCUUACUAUUACUAUUAGCUUUAUAUAAACGUUCAGAAAAUAUACAAAACUCACAUGAAUCAACACUUCCUAGACAUAAUAGAUUUUCAAAUCAGAUACCAAUUUAUCGUGAUCAAAUUCUUGGUAAUUUUGAGUAUUCUACUUCUACUAAUAAACCUGGUCCUGGAGAAAAAGGUAAAGCUCAUCAUGUACCAAGUGACCGAGAAAAUGAAGCAUUGCAGUCUCUUUCUGAAUAUGGCAUGAACAUGGCUUGCUCAGACGAUAUCUCUCUAAAUAGAUCAAUUCCAGAUCACCGCGAGGAAGAAUGUAAAUAUUGGACUUAUCCAGAACAAUUACCACGCACUAGUGUAAUAAUAGUAUUUCAUAAUGAAGGUUGGUCAUCUUUAUUAAGAACUGUACAUAGUAUUCUUAAUAGAACUCCACCUCAAUUUUUAGAAGAAAUUCUUUUGGUUGAUGAUUUUAGUAAUAAAGAAAAUUUAAAAAAAAAACUAGAAUAUUAUAUUGAAAGGUUUAAUGGUAAAGUAAGAUUAAUAAGAAAUUCUGAACGUGAAGGACUGAUAAGAACACGAUCAAAAGGUGCUUUAAAUGCUAGAGGGGAAGUAAUUUUAUUUUUAGACGCUCAUUGUGAAGUUGGAUACAAUUGGUUACCACCAUUAAUUGCACCGAUUGCCCGAGAUAGAAAAAUUAUGACUGUACCUGUAAUUGAUGGAAUUGAUCAUAAUACUUGGGAGUAUCGUCCAGUUUAUGAAAAAGAUCAUUUAUUCCGUGGUAUAUUUGAAUGGGGAAUGCUAUAUAAAGAAAUUGAAAUACCUGCUCAAGAAGAACGAAAACGAAUUUACAAAAGUGAACCUUAUAAAUCUCCAACUCAUGCAGGUGGUCUUUUUGCUAUCGAUAGAAAUUAUUUUCUAGAACUAGGAGCAUAUGAUCCUGGGCUACUUGUUUGGGGAGGAGAAAAUUUUGAACUGUCAUUUAAAAUUUGGCAAUGUGGUGGAAGCAUUGAGUGGGUCCCUUGUUCUCGAGUUGGACAUGUUUACCGUGGAUUUAUGCCAUAUAAUUUUGGAGAACUUGGCAAGAAGGUCAAAGGACCUUUGAUAACAUAUAAUUAUAAACGUGUGAUUGAGACAUGGUUUGAUAAUAAACAUAAAGAAUUCUUUUAUACUCGUGAACCAUUAGCACGCUACUUAGAUAUGGGUGAUAUAUCCAAACAAUUGGAAUUGAAAGAUAAACUGCAAUGUAAGGAUUUUUCAUGGUUCAUGGAAAAUGUUGCGUAUGAUGUAUAUACAAAAUUUCCUGAACUUCCUCCAAAUCUAUACUGGGGAGAAUUACGAAAUAUUGGCAAAACUACUUGCUUAGAUACUAGAGGUCAUCAACCACCAUCAUUAAUAGGUUUAGAAUUAUGUCAUGGACAAGGAAAUAAUCAGCUUUUUAGACUGAAUACAAAAGGACAACUUGGUGUUGGUGAACGUUGUGUUUUUGCUGAUAGACAAAAUGUAAAAUUAGUCGUGUGUCCAUUAGGAACUGUUGAUGGACCAUGGCAAUAUGAAUCUACCAACAAGUUGUUACUACAUACAAUAACCAGAAAGUGUCUUAGUGUUCAUCCAUCAUCUGAUCAAGUAAUAUUAACACCGUGUGACUCUAAUAAUGCUAAUCAACAGUGGAUAUUUAAACAAAUCGUACCAAGUUGGACAAGUUAA